UAUGAAAGUGUGCGGAAGUGGACCAGCAAGGUUGAUAUUUUCGAGAAAAAAUACAUCAUCGUACCAAUCAAUGAGCAGUACUACAUUGGUAUCUCGCGACCAUCUGCAAUCCCAAGGGUAUUUUGCGUCCACGUCCACCAGCAUGUCCGCAACCACACCGAAGAUCUGCGAGGCUGAGUUUGGGAACGCAAGUGUCAGAUUUGGGAGGUAUGGUCACUCCCCAGUCGAACAUAUCCAGUCGUACCGAAGAGGACGAAGGUGAAGCUGAACAUUUGGCCGCAUUUCCGAAGGACGGAAAUGAUGGUGUCACCAUGAGUAAUGGCGACGACCCUGCGUGUCCGGAGACUGUCAAUCAAACGAUCGAAACAAUCAGUGUCGUUGAUCCCGAUGACAUGGACAUUGAUCGUGUUGGGGACGGUGACGAUGGUUCUGUAUUCCGAGGAUGGUCCCCAGAACCCGGUGACGCAAGCAGACCUACAUCGCGCUUAGCGGCCAAGACCAACAUUCCAUUUCUGGCCGACGUUGCGACUCAUUCGAGUCAAUUCUCGGACGACAAGACUUAUAUAUUCACCUUUGACUCUCUUGGUGGCUCUCAUAAAACCACGUGCCGACAGCUGUCCAAGUAUUUGAUCGCAGAGGCGAGAGAAGAGAAGAACUGGACGAAUGCCAGGGAAGCCACGGGUGAGACGGCCAAAGUCCCUUAUCAACAGAACUUCUGUGGCUCUGCUUUGUUCGUUCUCCACUUCGUCGACAAGUUCAUGCAAGAUCCGGAGAAGUUCAUCCAGACCUUUCUCAAGAAAGAGAAAAUGACAAAAGAGUCUUUGGACGCCCUCUGGGGCACGGAAGACGUGUCGGAAAAGCGAAAUCUUAUGAAAGCCACUAUUCAGUCUCUCGCUGAUGAUUGGAACAAGAGGAAGCGGGCAGAGGCGGCGGAGGAGCGAAGAGCCAAGGAAGCAUCCCUUGCACCCUUCCUUGAAGAUACAUUCCAGGGGACCAACGUUUCCAGCGAAGAAGAUGGGGAAUAACCCUUCGAGCGCAGAAGAGGAUGAUGGGGAAAUCGUCGAAAUCAAAUGGGGUCAGCGGUGGGAAGGGGGGGCAAAAAACCCUCCGCAUGCAAAGGCAAAGAACGGAUGAGCGUGUCGCAGGAAGGCUCGCAAGAUGAGCAGAUUUUAAGAGCCCCUGGAUCAGUAACGCGGCGUUCGGAGAGACAGCAUUUAGGCAUGACACCAACAUCGAGGCACCAGACGUUCAGGGCAGGAUGGAGAGCAGAUCGUCUCAAGAAACGAUCUCGCCCUUCUGGGGCGUGAAAGAAUGGUAUGCGACUAACGGUUCCCUUGAACUUCUCCUGCCUAGUCUUUCAUGAGGUCGAAAGCUCGAACGAUGUGAUCCGUAAUGGGUAUCGUUAGUGGUUUGAGCAGACAUAUGA